UAAUGAUUGCUAAGAGAUGGAUGUGUUGUGUUUUGUUUUCUUGGCUCUCCUCGAUCUUUGCUUUUGCGGCAAAUCAUCUUUUUCUCCUCCUAACAUCGUUGUUGUGAUCGCUGACGAUAUGGGAUGGAACGAUGUGGGAUUGCACGGAUCCACGCAAAUUUCCACCCCGAACAUCGACUCUCUAGGUCUGAACGGCGUCAUCUUCGAUAAGCAUUACGCGCAGCAGAGUUGCACACCAUCGAGGGCGGCUUUCUUAACCGGAAGUUACCCGAUUCACACCGGAUAUCAAGGGAUUCCCAUACUGCCAGGAGAGAUUCGAUCUAUCCCACACGAUCUUCCGAAUCUACCAAAAGCCCUCCAAAGUUUAGGAUACAGCACGCACGCAGCAAAUGGCAUUUGGGAUCCGCUUCCAAAUCGCACACACCUUUGAGUUACGGCUACGAUUCGCAUUACGGCUACUGGGAAGGCUUCAUCGGUUACUUCAAUCAUUCUCUAGACACCAAGGGUCUGACUGGACAGAAUUUCUACAGCAAUUAUCAACCGUUACCCAACGUUACCGGGCAUUACGUAACUGAUCUUCUGACAAGAAAAGCGAUGGAUAUUACCGAAAAUCGAGACGUAUCCGAUUCGUACGAAGCAUCGGAAUAAUAUGGUAAUUAUUGAUGCAAAUAGUGUACAAAUGUAAACAAAUAUA